AUGGACUCCGAACUCCACGUCGUCAUGUUCCCUUACCUCGCCUUCGGCCACAUCAGCCCCUUCCUGCAGCUCGCACGCAAGAUCUCGUCCUGUGCCGCCAGCGGUGGCGUGCGCGUCACCUUCCUCUCCGCCGCCGCCAACGUCCCCCGGAUCGAGUCCCUUCUCCCCGCCUCCACGUCCAUCUCUGUCGUCCCGCUCUACCUGCCGGCCGUGCCCGGCUUGCCCCCGGGCGUCGAGAGCACGGCCGACCUCCCCCCGACGUCACCAGCGGCCGAGCUCCUCAAGCUCGCCGUGGACGGGACCAGGCCCCAGGUGGAGUCCCUCCUCCGUGAACUCCGCCCACACCUGGCCGUCUUCGACUUCGGCAUGCAGUGGCUGCCGGAGGUCGCGGAGCCGCUCGGCGUCCGGACGCUCUUCUUCUCCGUCUUCGCGGCGGUCUCCACCGCCUACCUAACCGUCCCCGCGCGGCGCCUCCACGGCCCCGCCCCGACCCUCGGUGACAUCAUGUCGCCCCCUCCGGGCUUCCCGUCCGCCGCCUCCUCGAUCCGCUCCGUCCCCGCCUACCAGGCCGCCGACUUCCUCUACAUCUUCAAGAGCUUCGGCGGCGGCGCCUGCGUCUACGAGCGCGUCGUCAAAUGCAUCGAGAGCUGCAGCGCCAUCGUCGCCAAGACGUGCACAGAGAUGGAGGGCUCGUACAUCGACUACGUUGAGCGCCAGUUCGGGAAGCCGAUGCUGCUCGCGGGCCCGGUGGUGCCGGUCCCGCCGGAGGGAGAGCUGGAGGCCCGGUGGGCGAAGUGGCUGGGCGGCUUCGCGGAGGGCACCGUCGUCUUCAGCUCCUUCGGCAGCGAGACGUUCCUGACGGACGAGGGCGAGAGGGAACUCCUGUUAGGGCUGGAGAUGACCGGCAUGCCGUUCCUGGUGGUCCUGAACCGCCCCAAGUCCUGCACGAACGGGGAGCAAGAAGAGGUGAGGAAGAGGCUGCCUGAGGGAUUCGAGGAGAGGGUGAAGGGGAGGGGGAUGGUGCACAGCGGGUGGGUGCAGCAGCAGCACAUCCUCCGCCACAAGAGCGUCGGCUGCUUCGUCUGCCACGCCGGGCUGAGCUCGGUGAUGGAGGGGGUGGCGGCCGGCUGCCAGCUCGCGAUGAUGCCGCAGAAGGGCGACCAGUACCUGAACGCAGCGCUGUUCGCCAGGGACCUGGGGAUUGGGGUGGAGGUGGAGAGGAAAGGCGAGGACGGGAGCUUCACGAGGGAGUCGGUGUGCGCGGCGGUGAGGAAGGUGAUGGCGGCGGAGGCGGAGGCGAGGAAGAAGCAUGCCAAGUGGAGGGAGUUCCUGUUGAAGAAGGAGCUGCAAGAUGGGUUCACGGCAAGGCUGGUGGAAAGGCUGAGGGAGUUGGCAAAAGCAUGA